ACCUAGCACAUGCGUUUGGAGCCAGGGCGUGGAACGUAAUGACUGGACUUCAACCAAUGGCUCAUUUAACAAGCGUGAAAUGGAAGGCGAGCGUGGACGCGGAGUAUAAUAUGAUACAUAAUUGAGGGCGCUGUUUGCAGUCGGUGUUGCGCUAUGGCAGACUUUCCUGAUAAAGUGAACACCCAGACCAGCACCGGGAGCAACGCGCGCGGAAACUUUCCAAUCGGAAUCGACACCCAUUUCCUUAAAUCCUUCUUUGGGAUAUUGAUGAUAGUGGAGUUAGUCUUCGGUCUGUUGGUGUGGGCACUGAUUUCUGGUUCAAGAAUCUCAGCCGGCGAUGGAGCAUUCGGAUGGGUGAUAUUUGUGGCCAUCUUCUUGUGGAUUCUCACCAUUAUUUUAUUUCUCUUCUACCUGCUGAACCUGACUUCAAAGCUUCCAAAGGUGCCUUGGGUCUACGUGCGGCUCUAUUUUAAUUUAGCCGCCACAAUCCUCUAUUUAACUGCCUUCAUCACAAACGCAUCGUCAAUUGAUCCAACAUCCAUUCGCGGGACCUAUAAAUACAAUAACAGAGCGGCUAGUGCGUUCUUUGCAGGUAUGGUGAUGAUUGCGUACGGACUAAGCACCCUUCUUGCCUUCCUAUCUAUGCGUGGGGGUCGGGACAAUGCGGCAACAAGUCAGCCAACUGGUCAUAACUCGGCGUAGUCCUGCUUGUCGAAGCAUUCCUCCACCCUCCUUCAAAAGCUCAAGGCGAACGUGUUGUUUCUCUUCCUGAAGCACUCUCCUCUCCAGCUACACGUGGAUCUUGGUUACAGGUUGUAAAUACUCUGUUGCUACCAAAAACAAGGAAAAUGCUUUUAUAUUGUUAUGCUCCUUUCACUCUUCUCUUUUGGAAAUAUUGAAACAUUUCUCAGUUUGAUGUAUUUCUCAUGCAAUAUUUCAAUGUUGUCUUUAUGUGAAAAGUUAAGUGUAGUCCAUCUGCACUUGAAGCACUUGCCAAGGGAACUAUCGUGAGCAUGGUUUGUAAGUGUGUUGUAGAAUGGUUAAAGAUUGUAGAGUGCUCUACCUACUGGUAAAAAGCCCAAGACUUAAUUUCUAGCCUUUGCUGGUUUGGUGGGGUAGUAGUUUAUGGUGAACUCUGGUUUGAUGCAUUUAUGUUUGCACAAGUUGCCCGCAAUUGGCACUGCAGGUUUUCGCUUAAAAUUGCCGCUCCUGCAUCAGCACUUUCAGUACAUAGUGGGAAGAAAUUGAAAAUUCUAGAUUGGGUGAUCACAAUUAUCAUUUUAAAAGUUAAUGGCACAGUUUAACCAUAUCCAUAAUUCCAGCGCUGCAGGUUGGAAGUGAAGAUGAGGGAGAUGUCUACAAAAUGUAGUGUCUGCAAUUUUCUUGUCUACGCACAGGAGUGCACAGGGUGGGUUUUGAAGUUCAAGUUGCCGAGAGGCAUGGAACUCAGUACAUGCUACUUGGGGUACAGAUGGCAUGUCACCCAGGAAACAUCAACGAUGGUGGGAAUUAAAUAUCAUGGCACUUAUAUAUUUUUUGCAAGGUGUUUCCCAGGAGUAUGAUGUUAGAGCAAAGUGAAAGUGAACACUGAUGCUGACCAAAUCAUGGGUCAAGUGAGUAUCUUGACAUGAGAAGAGCAGAGUGAAGGAGGAGAUGGACUUAGAGAGGGAAUUCCAGAGCAUGGGAUCUUGGCGGUCGAAAAUAUAUCCAAAAGGGGAAGGCAGAGGAAUCGUGAGAGUUCAAAGCAUGUUGUGGGCUUCCAGAAGUUUAGAGAGAGCUCGAGACUCAACAGUGCCAGAGUUGUGGGAGAACAAGGAAUGUUGAUCACAAAUUAAAUAAACUCCACCCUAGUGCCUUUUCUAAAAAUUACGAUUGGUUAAUUAAUGGUUUUCCAAUAAGGAAUUUGGGGAUUACAAUGGCGAUCUUUCAAAGUGGAUUUAUUUUCAAAUUUUUAAUUUUGCUUAUUGAAAGUGUAAAUAAGAGCCAUUUUUACCUGAAUACAAAACUGAAAAUAUCAAAGGAGAUGCUGUGGAUUUCCAAAUGGUAGAGAUUAGCGAUUUUGUGCAUUUUUUAUAAAACAAACAUACAAUGUUCUGAUUGACCUGUUGCAGUUCCUGGCAUGCUGCAUUGUGCAUCUGUCGCUGCACUAAAUAUUUGUCUGCAUUUUUUUUUUUUAAUGGUUACCCACUAUAAAUGAAACCCUCAUGGGUUUUGGUGGUCAAAUGAUUAAAACUGGAAUAUUUAAAAAGAAAUUUUAAAAACAAACGGUACUGUGACAUUUUAUAAUAAACUUGAAAUAUAUUUAUAUAAAGACUUUUAUCUGUUAACACUGAAUAUGAAGGAAAAAAAAUGAUCUGUACCAAUCUUCUAAUAAAUGGAAUUUGACACUGA